GUUUCGACGAAUCCGGAGGACAUGGCACAGGCGCUCCGGGCGCGCUGGAGCGACGUAUUUGGCGCUCGCCGAUGCGACGCGGCCCUCCUGUCCAGGUGGCUGGCCGAGGAGCUGCCGCCGCCGCCGCCGCACGAGCCUCACGAGAGCAUGCCUCAAGAAGCGGAUCCACGAUGGCAACUUCGCUGGAGCGAUGUGGAAGAUGCGCUGCGGCAGGCGCCGCCGUCGGCGCCGGGCCCCGACGGGGUGACCUUCCUGGCGUGGCAAAGAUUAGGGGGUCUUGCAGUGGACAUACUUUUGGCGGCCGCUCUGGAUAUGGCUGCUCCUGGUGGUCCAGACCGGAUCGAGGAAUUGCACGUGGACUGGUUAUUCCCUGGCCAGUCCUUCAAUUCCAGCGCGAUGGUGUUCUUGCCCAAAAGCCCCACGGGGCAAGCGGCGAUUGUCGGAGACUAUUGCGCGCCAUCGGACACGAGGCCCCUGAACAUCUCCAACUGCGAGAACCGCCUCCCGGCAAACGCUGUACGUCUGAGGGUGGAGCCGUUGUUGGCCGAAUGGGUGUCUGACAUGCAACAAGGAUUUCUGGUAGGCCGCUCCUUGUUCUCGAAUGUGGUCGCGGUGGAUCACGACAUGAUGCGGUGCGCAUUACAGGAGGAGGCCGGCGCCGCCAUCUUCUUCGAAUUCCGCGCCGCGUUCCCGAGCGUGGCCCACGAUUUCCUUCGCUGUGUCCUCUCUCACCUGCGCCUACCCGGCUGGUUCCUGCACUUCUUCGAGGCGUUGUACAAGGACAACAAAUGCGAGUUAGUCGUCGCCGGGUCCCGCCACCCAGGUUUUGCUCUGAAAGCUGGAAUCCGGCAAGGCUGCCCGCUCUCACCGCUCAUAUUCGCAGUCGCCGCCGACAUAUUGCUUCGACGUUUGCGGCGACUUUCCCUGGGCAGCCUGCGACGGGCUUACGCCGACGACCUCGCUGGUGUUGUUCCGGACUACCUGCGCGAGCUACCGAGACUGGCGGUCGUUUUCACCGAAUACGCUGCUAUGUCGGGCCUCCAGUUAAACAUUUCCAAGACGAUCCUGGUGCCCCUCUUUCUCGCAGACAACGCAGUGGUCCAGAACGACGUGUCCAGCGCUUGCCCCGGAUGGGCUGGGAUACGCAUAUCCAGCUUCGCGAAGUACUUGGGCUUCUACCUUGGGCCUGGGUGCGGGAACCGAGCGUACGACGCUCCGCUGCGGAAGUACAGCGAGCGCGCGCAGUCGUGGGGUGCUGUCGGCGCAGGGCUGUUCUAUACGCUGGCUGCGUACUCCGUCUGUGUGCUGCCGGUGCUCACCUUCGUGGCGCAGCUGGACAGACCCCCUCCAUCUCGGGUGGAGGCGGAGAUCGCGGCCGUGCGCCGGCUCACGCCAGGUCCAGGCCAUUGGUGCUGCCCACUCGAUCUACGUUGUUUGGAGUUCUUGGGCUUCCCGAAGAGCUUGCCCGACUUCGAGGCCCGCGUCGCCGCCUCCCAGUGCAGAGUGGCCCACCUGGAAGCCGUCAGCCAGGGGGGGGUGCAGAUUGCCUCGCGGGCACGGGAGCUCCGAGAGUGGCGCCACCAACGCGACUCCCCGAUUCGGGCCGCAACGUGGGCGUCUUGGUUGGAUCGAGCUUUUGUCUUCCAGCUCGAGGCAUCGGUGGCCGCAGCGGACAGAGCUGGAGCUAGCAGGGCGAGGGCGGAGUUUCAUCUGUCUGAGCGCUCGCCGCGCCCUUUCACAAUGACCGUGGAUAAUCGUGUUCGACGGGGUUCCCAACGCUUUGUGUGCAGGGCCGUGGAGCCCGACAGAGCGGCCUACAUGGUCGGCCGGAUGGGGGAACGUCUGCAACGGCGCUCGCUUCCAGCCAGUCUGCAGCGUCGUGGCGAGCGAGCAGCGUCGAUGUUGCAGCAUUUGGCGCCGCUGGUCCCGCCGAGGGUGUGGGCUUCAGUUCUGCGGACAUUGUGGAACGGCUGGGUCACUGCCCGCCGAUGGCCUGGUGGACCCAUGGCCGGCUCGAGUUGCAUAUUCGGCUGCAGACACGCGAUGGACAGCAUUGAGCAUUACGCGUCCUGUGAUGCCGUCGCCGACUUCGCACGGCGCAGGCUUGGGAUCCCGCGAGCCCCGUCGCCGGAGGCCGGGCUGGCUCAGCUUCUGCUACUGGACCGCGCUGCGGAUCAACGGCCCCAGCAGGAGCUGACUCUGUGGGCUCUCCGCACCGCGGCAGUGUACAAAGUACACAACUGGUGGAGGCAUGCGACCCGUCGCACGCCACGCAUGGCGAGAGACGCGCUGCAGCAGGCCGUCCGCGACCUUGUGUCUGGCCACGCAGGCGCAACCCGGACGCUCGACGCAGCUAGACGUUGAAGGGCAAGCGCCACACCACCUCCCACGUCUGAGGCUCGCAAUUUUUUCCUGUCCCGGCCGCGUGGCCGAUAGAGCACACCGUCGGAGUCAAAACUGUGUAGCCCAAUUCGGGGUGGAUAUUCGUGCAGUUCUGUCCCGUGCCGACGCCGGCACCUCUCCCUCUCCCCCUCUUCCUCCCUCCCUCGCCCCUCCCUCCUCCAGCGGGCGCGCGAACGUUAUCACGCAGCACGACGGGCGGAGCGCAGCGACAGGUCCGCGCAGCCCGCGCGCCGUGUCCUGCGAACGCGGCCGAAACUCCGGGCUCUGUUUCCGCAGAUUUGUCUGUCCCGGCCGCGUGGCCGACGCAGCACAGUGUCGGAGUCAAAACUGUGUAGUCCAAUUCGGGUCGGAAAUUCGCGCGGUUCUGCCCCGUGCCAACGCCAGCAUCUCUGCUUCUCCCCCCCCGCCCCCCCCCGGGGGCCCCACGCCCGGGGGCAGGGGGCCGUUGCU